AUGGAGCUUCUCGACGACGAGGAAGAUGGGCCUGUUGAUGCACCGCUGAAUGAUAACAACACCUAUACUCUUGGACGAAUCGGGAAACACAAUGUUGUAAUCGCAGCUCUGCCGUCGGGACAGUAUGGAACGACUAGUGCUGCAAAUGUUGCAAGAGAUAUGGUACGUACCUUUCCUAACAUCAGAAUUGGUCUGAUGGUAGGUAUUGGUGGCGGAGUUCCAAUGAAACAUGAUAUUCGCCUUGGCGAUAUUGUUGUCAGCUCCCCUAACCGGCGUGACGGAGGUGUGAUCCAGUACGAUUACGGAAAAGCGAUGCAAGGCCAAGGGUUGCUGAUCAAGGGUUCCUUGAACCAACCACCAAUAUCCAUCUUGACAGCGAUGACCAAGCUACGCGCGAUACAGACAAGGCGAGGCCACAACCUUCAGAAAAUUGUCGAGUCAGUAUUAGCUAAGAACGCACGACUCGUCAACGAGUUCCAGCGCCCUCCUCUGGAAGCCGAUAAGCUUUAUAAGCCUGAUUUUAUUCAUGCUGUACCAGGUGAAACAUGUUCUUUGACCUGUGAUGAGACCAAGAUCGUUCCACGGACCCCACGAUCAUCAAAGGAGGAUUCUCACAAGGUCCAUUACGGUCUCAUUGCUUCGGGAAACCAGGUGAUGAAAAAUGCUACCAUCCGGGAUAAGCUUGCCGAAGACGAAGAGGUUCUGUGCUUUGAGAUGGAAGCAGCGGGCUUAAAUAACCAUUUCCCUUGCGUUGUUAUUAGAGGUAUAUGUGAUUACUCUGAUUCACAUAAGAAUGACAUAUGGCAAGGAUUUGCUGCAAUGAUGGCAGCUGCAUAUGCAAAAGAACUUCUUUUGCAGAUCUCUCCUCACAAGGUCGAAGCGGAGAAGAACAUAGAGAAGAUUUUUGCUGCUGUCUAUGAGCCUAUACUUGAGAUGAGUGAAAAGAUCGGGGCUCUGGAUCUCAGGCGGAAGAGAGAGGAUGAACUCAAGAUCCUAGAUUGGAUCAGUAAGUCUGAGUAUACGUCACAGCAGUAUCAAUUUAUCCAGCAACGCCAACCUCACACGGGUCAGUGGUUCUUAGAAUGCGAGAAUUUGCAAACAUGGCUGCACUCAGAAGGAACAAUGCUUUACUGUCCCGGUAUGCCUGGUGCCGGCAAGACAAUCAUGUCUGCAACUAUCAUUGAGUACCUUGCUUCGGGGCUCGACCAGAGUGCAAAACUUGGAUUUGUUUAUUGCAACUAUGAGAAGAAAAGCGAGCAAACUACGCGAAAACUAUUUGCAAGUUUGCUAAGGCAGUUGGCACAGUCAUUUUCUCCUUUACCAGACGUCAUUACAUCUUUCUACCUGACGAAAGACCAUGGAAGACAACCAGCUACUAUGCAAGAGAUUAUUGAAACUCUACACGCUGUUGUAGAUAUGUGCCCAAGAGCUUUUAUCGUCAUCGAUGCUUUGGACGAACUCGAAGCAACAGACAGCUGCCAGUCGACAUUUGUCUCCGAAAUCCGCAGGCUCCGGGACCAAGCCGCGGCAAAUGUCCUGAUUAGUUCGCGUACCAAUCAGAGAUUACAAGAAAUGCUUGGACCGUGCUCGACGGAGGAGAUCUAUGCUCAUGACGAAGAUGUAAGGUUGUAUGUCGAUCAGCGGAUGACCGAGAUACCCAUGCUCAGCGACGACAACCCAGAUUUGCCAGAUAAAGGGAAAGACAAACUGAAGAGUGCAAUAAGAGAAGGGGUUACACGAGCAGCGAGGGGAGUGUUUCUCGCUGCUCCGUGCUUUAUGGAAAUUUUGAAGGGGAAGACAACAAGCAAUCAGAUAUUGACCACUUUGAGGCAGUUUCGCAGCCGUCCAGGGACUUACAAUGACGCUUACGAGAAAACCAUGGUGCAAAUUCGGAAUCAAGGCCCAGAACAACGGGACUUGGCAAGAAGGGCACUGACAUGGCUGACAUUUGCAAAAUCUCCACUUACAUUUUUAGAACUUCAGUACGCCCUUAGUGUGCGACCCGGGGUUUCCGCACUCGCAGAGGGAGAUCUACAAAACAUCAAUAAGAUUGAUCAUGUGACCAUGGGUCUAGUAAGCAUUGAAGAGUCUUCAAACUCCGUCACAUUGCUUCAUCACACGACUAUGCAAUAUUUUCGAGCGAACCCUGGCGCUCUUUUGUUCUCCGAUGAACAGACGCUGACAGGGACUGAUAUCAAUGGCACUGCUCUGAGGCAGGUCCAUCUAGAGAUAACCCUCACCUGCGAUGCUUAUCGUUAUCUGGCUUUCCCCGUCUUUGAAAUCGGACGCCGUUAUAGGAACUCCGAAGAUCGCCGAAAACAUCAGGACUUGUAUCCGCUGUCUCGCUAUGUCAUUCGUAAUCUGACGUACCACGCUAUCAUGGCAGGGCUCGUUAAUCCAGCUAGGCUGCACUCCAGAGCCUACGCAGCCCUAUCAUCGCCCUACAUCUAG